ACACCCUCCCACCACCCCGGGGAAGUUAGUGAAAUCUCGGCGUCAAAUCUGGGUUUUUAAACGGAGAGGAAAUCAGCAGAGACGGGGAGGAGUUUCAGUAGUUCUGGACGGAGUGUGGUUGGUAUUUUCUGCGGUUGACAGCAGCCGAACCGAAGCUACCACUGAGGACACCAGAUAUCAGUAUUUCCUGGCAGUGUGGAGAAGACAGCAUAUAGACCUUCAUGUGUACGUGUGUGUAGAUGUGUGACAGCGGAGUGUGUGAGGAUAAGCCCCCCGCCCCCCCUGUCAGGAUGAGCAGCCAAGGAGGACCCAAGGACUCCCAGUCAGCCAAUCACAGUUCUCGGCCGCUGCCGUCUGUACCGGAGGAGAGGAAGUCCAGAAACAAGAUCAUCUCCAUGUUUGCCUCUGAGAAAGGAGGCAGGAAGAAGGACCGGGACAAGGAUAGGCCUGAGAUCUCCUCCCCCUCAGACUUUGAACACACCAUCCAUGUGGGUUUUGAUGCUGUCACAGGAGAGUUCACUGGCAUGCCGGAGCAGUGGGCCCGUCUCCUCCAGACCUCCAACAUCAGUAAAUCAGAACAAAAACAGAAUCCUCAGGCCGUCCUCGACAUUCUCAAGUUCUACGAGUCCACCAGUGGAAAACAGAAAUACCUCAGUUUUUCCGCCUCGGAUAAAGACUCACUGUCGCCAGGCAAGCAGGGUACAGCAACCUCCCAAUCAGGUGGCAAGGAUGGAGACGAUGAUGAUGAUGAUGAUACACCACCUCCAAUUGUGGCACCGCGGCCAGAACACACAAAAUCAGUGUACACAAGGUCAGUGAUAGACCCACUCCCAGCUCCAGAGGGAGACGCCGCCUCUAAGGCAGCUGACAGACAGAAGAGGAAGGGCGGCAAGAUGACCGAUGAGGAGAUCAUGGAGAAACUCAGAACUAUUGUCAGUAUUGGAGAUCCUAAGAAGAAAUACACUCGCUAUGAGAAGAUUGGCCAGGGGGCAUCUGGCACAGUUUACACAGCCAUAGAUGUUUCCACAGGACAGGAGGUGGCCAUCAAACAGAUCAACUUGCAGAAGCAGCCAAAGAAAGAGCUAAUUAUCAAUGAGAUCCUGGUCAUGAAGGAGCUGAAGAACCCCAACAUUGUCAACUUCGUAGAUAGUUUCCUCGUUGGAGACGAGCUUUUUGUGGUGAUGGAGUACCUGGCCGGUGGCUCGCUUACUGAUGUUGUGACGGAGACGUGCAUGGACGAGGCUCAGAUCGCCGCCGUCUGUAGAGAGGUCCUCCAGGCUCUGGAGUUUCUUCAUGCCAACCAGGUCAUCCACAGAGACAUCAAGAGUGACAACGUAUUGCUGGGGAGGGACGGAUCAGUCAAACUCACCGACUUCGGCUUUUGUGCCCAGAUCACCCCAGAGCAAGAUAAACGUAGCACCAUGGUGGGGACCCCAUACUGGAUGGCUCCAGAGGUGGUGACCAGGAAAGCCUACGGACCCAAAGUGGACAUUUGGUCUUUGGGGAUCAUGGCUAUAGAGAUGGUAGAGGGAGAGCCUCCAUAUCUCAACGAGAACCCUCUCAGGGCAUUAUAUUUAAUUGCCACCAAUGGGACUCCUGAGCUGCAGAGUCCAGAGAAGCUGUCCCCUGUCUUCAGAUCCUUCCUGUCUCGCUGUCUGGAGAUGGACGUGGAGAAAAGAGGAUCAAGCAGAGAACUGCUACAGCACCCAUUCCUGAAGCUGACCAAGCCUCUGUCCACCCUCACCCCGCUCAUCCUGGCAGCCAAGGAGGCCAUGAAGAGCAACCGCUAAAUCCCCAGUCUCUGAAGACUUAGUGCUAAUGCCAAUGACAGCCAAACAACCAUCGUCUGCUGGUCUGUGUAUGAUGACCGUCAGCAACCUGCUCGUGUUUUCUCAAAGGGUCACAAAAUGCCUCUCCACUUUUCCCAGUGUUUCUGUUACAAUGUAUCUUACCUUUGUGCCUCGUUCUAAAGCUGCACACAGUCAUAAUGUGUCUUCUGUUUGUUGCAGCCAUGGCAUGUGUGUGUUGUUGAUGUUGACACUGGUAUCAGGAAUGCAGGGUCACUGUUGCAAAGGUUUGAGACUCUUUGCACUCCAAGCGAUCCUGUUUUACCACUAGGAGUUCUCCUAAAAGGCGCUAAAGGUUCCUCCUCUCAAAACUUGUUCACAAAGCUUCUGCGAGCAGCUUUUACCGGAGAAAUUAGGAGCUCCUAAGCUAAGAGAGAAGGGGCGUGGUCAACCCUGUUGCCAUGGAUGACAUCAUGUUUAAUAAAUUAAUUUACUUACUAUCUCUACAGUGAAUAGUUGACUGGUCUGUGCCAGUGAAAUAAAAUAUCAUUGUUAAUAGGGAUAUUACAUUAGGGAAGGUAGUCCUUUUUCAGAGCUGCGAACGGCAUUUGUCCAAGUAGAGGUAACUUUACAAACCAUCAUCUCUGCUCUUACUGGAUGGUUUUGAUUUGUUGGUGAGUUGAUUGGAUCUUUACCAACUCGCCAGCCAAUAAAAUAUCCUUUUUAUAAGUUCAUUUUCCUAUCUUUCGGCACAUUACUUGCAGCAGGUUGUGACUUAGGAGUCUUCUGGACUGCCUUCUCACAGACUUAAGUGAGCUAGUUUUAGCACUGACUGACUUUGUUAGAGUCUUUAAGUGUAGACAGACAGAAGUGUGGCCCUAAUUGUAAGUUUCUUCUAACUCGUCCAGUUAGGAGUUACUUUUAGCCUAAGGAUAUUUUGUGAAUAAGGAAAUCUUUAAAUAGAUUUAAUUUUGUGUAUCAGAUAAGCGGGAACUUGUUCAUCUUGAGAGAUGAACAUCGUGAGGAUUCUACAACUUUGGUGUGUGUAGAGACUGGAAUCUUUGCAACUGGUUUCUAUGGUUGCUGUUGCUCUGGUUACACAUGUGCAUUCAGACAGGGUCCAAAAGUUUUGAAAUUGGCAUGGAAAAAUUAAACUGUACCAAUACUGUGCUGUACUGUGUCCCAGCACUGGACAAUACAGUCUUUGUGCAGUGGAAAAAGACACACCAGUGUCCCUGUUCGACCCUGUACGUGAAACUUUUAAGUAUUUUAUAAUAUUAAAUCAAAAUGUCCAGAUUUUCUCCAGUAAGGGUUUCGGCCCCCUGGUGGCAAUUUAAGAUGUUAAAUGCACCAAAACACACUAUGACACACACACACACACCUGAUUCAGGCUUCAUACACCUCAACUGCUAUCAAACUCUCUGUGCCGGCUCUUCUGCAAACUAUGCAAACCCAUCUGAACACUGAUGUUUACUGCAUCAAAAAUUGCCUUGGAUCCUUGAGGCUAGUACCUAAAAAGCAUUUGUAUCACUAUGGUGUUUUUUUUCCUAGAUGUUCUGUUUGUCUUCAGCUGUGCCUUUUGCCACAGACACCUUACUGCCGGUGUGUUGGUGUGAGUACAACACAGAUACUGUAUGAAAUUGUCUGAAUGUGCUGAACUGGAGGAAGACUGUUCUUCUUUUUUGUAUAUUAUGUAUUGGUGAUGUCCUGUGUUUUUAACGGCUUUUAAAAAGUAUGUAUAUCAUUGUUUUGUAUUUGUAACUAACACAACAGAAGACAAAUUUGUUUUUUCAACUUGUUUUUAUGUACCAAUUCAUCAUUUUGACUUAAACCAUAAAAUGUAUUGACAAGCCUGAGACACUCGAGCCAGACCUGAGUCAAGCGGUAUUUGGAAAUAAUUGUUUGUUUUAAUCUUCUUGGAGUACCAAAUGAGAUCGGUUUAUACCUAAUUUUUACAUAAACUUUAGACAAUCACUUGAAAGCAUUUUAAAAUGUUUAUUAAAUGUGCCUUUAACAGAUGUAAGAUGCAGUAAAACCCACUCAUAUGGUACUCAACAGGUUGACACAAAUACUGAGUACUUUCAAAUACUUCUAAAACAGGCUGGAAUAUACUGUUAUGUGACUUUUGACCAGAACACACAUUCCAAUUAUACGUGUAAUAAGAAUGACUGCAUAGUUUAAAAACGAAUGUGUUGUUGUUUACCAUGAAACCAACAACUUCUGGUGUUGAAUAAAAUCCAUACAGUAUGUAAAUUAUUAUUAAAGGUGGACCUAAACAGG